AUGACUUCGAUUAACGAGUGGAAUCACGUCGGAACGAAGGAGAACCCUGCAGAUUUACUAUCUCGAGGUGUUACUCCGAACGAUUUGAAAGGUUCUGAGUUGUGGUGGAACGGACCUCGAUGGCUGCAAGAUGAUGACAAGACUCAAUCAGAAAUACAAAAAGUUGACGAGAACGAGAUAUACGAGGUUAUCAAGCCAGUCCUAAUCGCGAUGCCGAUUCAAAACGGCAUCGAUCCAUUCGCUAAAUUUUCAAUGUUCAACAAGCUCGUGCGAGUUGUGGCAAGGUGUAUUCGAUUCGCUCGAGCGUGCAAACAAGAAUCCGAACAGAAACUUUCAGGACCGUUGUCGUCAGAAGAGUUGGAGCAUGCUAGAAAGUGCAUUAUAAAAAAAGAACAACGCUCUGCCUUCUUCAAGGAAUUGGGUGCUCUACGAGAAGGAGGGGAGAUUUCAAAGAAAAGCAGGUUGAAAAGCAUAAAUCCAUUCAUCAGCGAUGACGGUCUGUUGCGUGUUGGUGGCAGACUGCAAAACUCGCAUCUCCAGCAUGAUGCAAAACAUCUCAUUGUAUUGCCACAUCGUUCCAGGUUCACGGAUCUCAUCAUCGAACACGAGCAUCGUAGAAUUCUACACGCGGGAGUUGGUGCAACGCUGGCUGCAGUGCGCCAGUCGUACUGGCCGCCCAGGGCGCGCAGUACCAUCAAACGAAUAAUCCACAAGUGCGUCAUCUGCUUUAAAUCGAGACCUCGGAUUUCGGAGCAAAUUAUGGGUAAUCUCCCAAUUCAUCGAGUAAUUCCAUCUAAGCCAUUUAGCAGCACCGGAGUCGAUUUUUGUGGGCCUCUAUACGUACGAGAUGGUAAACGACGAAACAGUAAACGUAUCAAAGUCUACGUCGCAGUCUUCGUCUGCAUGGCCACAAAAGCUGUACAUUUGGAAGUAGUAUCGGAUAUGACAACAGAAACAUUUCUUAACGCUUUCAAGUGCUUCAUCGGUCGUCAAGGAAAACCAGCCGAUGUAUUCUCCGACAAUGGCACAAAUUUCGUGGGAGCAAAUCGUGAAUUGGAGGAACUGAGAGUUCUUUUCGCGCAAGAAGAACAUAGGAGCAAAAUCAUCGAUAAUAAUGCAAUGGACCGAAUCAGAUGGCACUUUAUACCAUCACGAGCCCCGCACUUCGGCGGACUUUGGAAGGCGGCGGUUAAAUCCUUUAAAACCCAGUUUUACAAGGUGGCCUCGGACGCGUCAUUAACGUUUGAAGAAGCAUCGACACUCGCCAUUCAAAUUGAGGCAAUUCUUAAUUCGAGACCGAUGACAGCGAUGUCCUCAAAUCCAAACGAUAUGAGUUAUCUAACGGCUGGGCAUUUUUUGAUCGGCAGCGCAAUAACGUCUUAUCCAGAGCCAGGACUCGCUCAUCUCAAAAUAAAUCAACUGUCAAGAUGGCAGCACGUGGAGGAAAUUCGCCAGCAUUUCUGA